AGGCGGAGCUUGAGAGAACACUACAUUUAAGGAGCGAACAUUUGUUAAUUCCAGCACAGUGUGGGAACGUUGCGAGGAGACAAGACCGGUAACUUGGACCCCACGGAUCCUCGGACUGGUCAUUCACCUCCAGCUGUUUACUAACCCACCUGUUCAUUUACCAUUUUAAAAAUGUUGAAAGUGACAUUAAGUCUCGCUCUGGUGACGCUGGUUGCUUGCUCGCAGUGCCCCACCAAUGAAGUCUGUGAGGCAGGCCAGUCAUGCUGCCAGGAUCCCACCGGAGAUUUCAGCUGCUGCCCUUUCCAUCACGGAGAGUGUUGUGAGGACCACCUGCACUGCUGUCCUGAAGGCAUGCUGUGCAGUUUUACGGACUCCACGUGUAUAAACGCCACACAUACACUGCCGUUUGGGGAAAGGAUACCGGCUAAACGGACAGACCUUCCCAAAUCGUUCAGAAUGAUUCCCUCAUUACCUGUAAGUGAAGAUGACAUCACCUGUCCUGACGGCUCAUUCUGUCCUGCUGAGUUCUCCUGUCUGCUGAUGGCUUCAUCAUAUGGGUGUUGUCCCGUAGCACAGGGCCUUGUGUGCUCAGAUGGGAAACACUGCUGCCCAAAAGACCAUGAAUGCAGUGCAGACAGCAGUUCCUGUGUCAAACUAAAAGAACCAGAGACUGUUCUUUGUGGAAAUGGGACCUCAGAGUGUCCUGUGGACACCACAUGUUGUAAGACAGAAGAUGGCCAGUGGGCGUGCUGCCCCAUGCCGAAGGCUGUAUGUUGUGACGAUAAAAUCCACUGUUGUCCAGAGGACAGUGUCUGUGACAUCAAAGCCUCCAAAUGCAUAUCCUCCACCAAUAAGGAGCUGCCUAUGUGGGCCAAGUUCCCUGCUCGUGUUAGAGCUGAAUGGGAAAAUCACAAACCUGCAGAAAUGAGGGCUAAACCUGAACUCACUACAACCAGACAAAUCACUACUGCUGGCAACCAAAUGACUACAUUGCCUGGUGCACCCCCUAAGACCUCUGAUGUUCCCUGUAAUGACACUGCGGCCUGUCCAGAUGGAAGCACAUGCUGUAAGACUAAAGAAGGAGGAUGGGCCUGUUGUCCUCUACCAAAGGCCGUGUGUUGUGAAGACUUUAUCCACUGCUGUCCUACUGGUAAGAUAUGUAAUGUUAGUGCUGAGACGUGUGAGGACCCUUCAGGCUCUGAGCCCUGGUUCAAGAAGCUGCCCGUCAAAAUUAUCCGCAGACAGAAUGUGACUGUUAAACAAGUGCAUUUAAAUGUUCAGUGUGAUGACACCACGUCUUGUGAAGAUGGAGAAACAUGCUGUAAGACUCAAGAAGGAGGAUGGGCCUGCUGUCCUCUACCACAGGCCGUGUGUUGUGAAGACUUCACCCACUGCUGUCCUCAUGGUAAGAAAUGUAACACUGCUGCUGGGACGUGUGAGGACCCUUCAGGCUCUGAGCCCUGGUUUGAGAAGGUGCCCGCCAAAACGAUCAGCCGUCAGAAUGUGACUGUUAAACAAGUGCAUUUAAAUGUUCAGUGUGAUGACACCACGUCUUGUGAAGAUGGAGAAACAUGCUGUAAGACUCAAGAAGGAGGAUGGGCCUGCUGUCCUCUACCACAGGCCGUGUGUUGUGAAGACUUCACCCACUGCUGUCCUCAUGGUAAGAAAUGUAACACUGCUGCUGGGACGUGUGAGGACCCUUUGGGCUCUGAGCCCUGGUUCGAGAAGGUGCCCGCCAAAACGAUCAGCCGUCAGAAUGUGACUGUUAAACAAGAUGUUCCCUGCAACGACACUGCGGCCUGUCCAGAUGGAAGCACAUGCUGUAAGACUAAAGAAGGAGGAUGGGCCUGCUGUCCUCUGCCAGAGGCCGUGUGUUGUGAUGACUUCAUCCACUGCUGUCCUCAUGGUACAACAUGUAACGUUGCUGCCGGGUCUUGUGAUGAAUCAUCAGGCUCUAGGCCUUGGUUUGAGAAGUUGCCCGUUAAACAAAUCAGCAGUCAGAAUGUGGCUGUUACACCAGUGUCUUCGGUGCAUUCAAAUGUUACCUGUGAUAGCACCAAGUCCUGUCCAGAUGGAAGCACAUGCUGUAAGACUCAAGAAGGAGGAUGGGCCUGUUGUCCUCUACCAGAGGCCGUGUGUUGUGAUGACUUCAUCCACUGCUGUCCUCAUGGUACGACAUGUAACGUUGCUGCUGGGUCUUGUGACGAAUCUUCAGGCUCCAGGCCUUGGCUGGAAAAGUUGCCUGCUUUCACUACAGCGGGUCAAAGGUCACCUGGGAACGUGAACUGCGACUCUACCCACGUUUGUCCUGAUUCCAACACUUGCUGUAAGAACAUAGAUGGAGACUGGGGCUGCUGUCCUUUACCUGAGGCUGUGUGUUGUAAGGAUAAAUUCCACUGUUGUCCACACGGCACCAUUUGUGACUUUGUAAAACUCACCUGCAAUAGCAACACCACAUCUGUGCCUAUGUCAGACAUAAUUCAGCCCUCAGCUAAGGAGGAACAGAGACAGCAUGGGGAAGUGAAAGAGAGAGUGGGGAAGUACAAUAGCAGGGUUCCAUGUGAUGCAAAAACUUCCUGUCCAGAUCACACCACUUGCUGUCUUAUUGCAAAAACCAACAAAUGGGGCUGUUGUCCUCUGCCUAAUGCUGUAUGUUGCACAGAUGGGGAACACUGUUGUCCGGCUAACUACAAGUGUGAUGUGAGCAGGGUGUCUUGCAUCAAGGGAGAUGUGGUGAUCCCCUGGUACAAUAAAAUUUCCACUCAAAGCACACCGGCUCCAAGCUUAGACUUCGGCGCUGUUAAAUGCGACAAACAGUCGAGUUGCUCUGCAGAUUCAACCUGCUGCCAUCUAUCCACGGGAGAAUGGGGCUGCUGCCCUUAUCCUGAGGCUGUUUGCUGCCCAGACCAGCAGCACUGCUGUCCCACAGGCUACAGGUGUGACCUGCAUAGACGCUCCUGCAUAAAAACCACCUGGCUACAUGUGGAAAUAGUCCCACUUGCCUACAUUGGUGGCCAAAAUCCACAGUCGAGCGUGUCGGAAAAGGGCAUUCAGUGUGGAGGUGGAUAUAGCUGCCAAGAUAGUCAGACCUGUUGUCCAACCUCCCAGACCACCUGGGGCUGUUGCCCGUCUCCGAAGGCGGUGUGCUGUGAUGAUAUGACACACUGCUGCCCUGCUGGAUACAAAUGUGGCGAAGGUGGAACUUGUACUUCAUCCGUAGGCUUUGACUGGAACAACUGGAACAAUUGGAGGGUGUUCUUCUCCAAAAAGAAACGAGCUACUACUCUGUGAAAAAACAACAACACACAAGUCGCUCAGAUGGCCAACACUCCCUAAAAUGUCAGAUUUUUUUUUUUAAAUGAUACGUUUAUUAAAGUACUAAUCAGAGAUAAUCAGACAGUUUACUGCAAAAGGUUGAUUUUAUUUGCAGGAGAAAGUUUCAUGAGGGCUAAAUAUGAUGGUUAAUAUAUGUUUCCAUUGUCUAUCAUUAAUAACAACUUAAUUUUAUCCACUGAGUCUUUUGUACAUUUUAAGAAUGGGUCAUUAUUGUAAAGUGUACAUUGUUCAUAAGUGUUUUAGCUACUGCUCAGUUUAUCUGAAGAAUAGUUUGACUACAGAAUGAUGAAAACAUGAAACAUGUAUUGAAGCAUUGAUGACCUCUAGUGGCUGAAUUCAGUUCACACGUAUCUCAUUAACACUUGCCAUGUACAAAUAUCACAGAUCUCUGUGGUUUACAGGUUACCUGUUUUUUCAGACCUGACAUCAUGCAGUCUUGUGAUUAUGACCACAUGACAUAUGCCCUGAAUAAGGAAACAUAUUACAUUUUCUCUUCAGAUAGCAAACCUUACCUUUUCUGUGUAACUUUUUUAUUGCAGAUAUUGAUCUUUACCAUUAAUUGUGUAAUUGUCUUCUUUAUUGAUUUAUUGCUGGUUUUUAACAGUUGUAUUGAUUGAGUGUCAUGACAGAUGACUAAAAGUUUUAUGAAGUAAACAUGUGACCACUCUGAAACCUUGUCAGCUCUAAAAGAGAAAUAAAAGAGAUAAAAUAAAA